GUGCCAACCCAAAUUAUCCUGAUGUAAUUUAUGAAGAUUAUGGGACUGCAGCAAAUGACAUUGGGGACACCACGAACAGAAGUAACGAAAUCCCUUCCACAGAUGUUGCUGACAAAAGCGGUCGGGAACAUCUCUCGGUCUAUGCUGUGGUGGUAAUUGCGUCUGUGGUGGGAUUUUGUCUGCUGGUGAUGCUGUUUCUGUUGAAGUUGGCAAGACACUCCAAGUUUGGCAUGAAAGGUAAGAAGGGUUCUGUUUAUUUUACUUCUUAUGUGGAAUCAUUUUUGGCUUCUGACUAA